AUGUCCCCCAGCCGACCGCGCGACACAGACGACGCAGACUUCGCCCCAGUGCCACUCAACUACGACGAGCUGAACAGGCCCAAGACGGCGUCACAGCGGCGCGAGGUGGUUCGCGUCCUAUGGGAGCGGCAUGUCCUCGCCGACCUGGAUGAGGAGUCGCGCCGCCUUCCCCCGCCGAAGCGGGCACGCACCGGCGUGUCCACGAUCCUGCCUGUACGCUCCGCGUUGCUGCCUCUGCCCUCCAAGCCGCAGCAGUCGAGCGUACGCCGUCCACCACCAAUCCCCGGCCCGCCGCGGCCGCGCAUUCCCUCCAAGUCGCAGCUCCUCGCCGCGCGCGUGCGCACCGUGGGCUCCCGGCCCAUCGCGCACCCCACCGCAGACGUCAACCUCGUCGUCCUCCCCUUCCCGCCCGAUGUAACCGCCGGCCAGCUGCACGGGUACCUCGACACCAAGAUCGGGCGCGUCGUGCACUGCCGUCUGAGUGAUGGCGUGGCGUGUGUCACCCUCGCUGCGAGGGGCAAAGGCGCGAUCGAGGCGUGCCGGAUUUUGAACGACCUCGCGGUGGACGGGUGCCGCCUUAACGCAUUCCCUGUUCACGCUGUGCGCUUCAACAGGCCCGAGGCGAGGCGGCAGUCGUAG